AUGUUUGGAACCUUCUCUGCUUCCAGCUCACCCACUCCGUCAAGAAAACCCAAGCGCAAUCAGGUAUCAAAGGCCUGUGACUCGUGCCGACUGCAUCGCGUCAAAUGCGAUACCGAAUACCCAUGCCAGAAUUGCUCAAGCAAAGGUUGGCAAUGUAAUAGCACGAGCCGACAGAGUCCAGGCUGGAAUCUGUCCCGCGCUAUGAGCGAGAUCGACAGAUUGAGAGCUCAAGUGAAAGAGCUUGAGGGACAGCUCAAAGAUACGAAUAUCCCGACACCGCCAGAUGAAGAUAUUUCGGGACUCAUAUCGCAAGAUUCGUCUCCCAGCUUAGUCCCAUUUCACAACGAGGGAGUUCAAUUCGAUACCGCGACAGCCAAUCAAUCAUCAGCUCCCAGCACUCAGUUUUACGGGCCUUCAUCAACGUACUACUUCAUUCAUUGUAUCAGCCAGCGUCUCAAAGCAAAUGGUUUAGCUCUGAACGCCGAUCAGGAGCCUCACAGCUUGAUACCCAACUCGGCAAGCAGAUCUAUGGUUAACGUCAUCAAUACUCCGGAUGCCGAGUUAGAUGAACACCAAACCUCGGAUAACGCGGUGCCGACCAGAGCGGCUCACGGGUUGACUGAGAAAACUCUUUCCGGAAAAGACUUGUCUGCAACCCAAGAGGCCUUCUUCCUUGACCUCUUUUGGGACUCGUGGCAUUGCUGUUACCAGCUUCUCGACGAGGAAGAGUUCAAGGAGCACUACAAGUCAUUAUGGAAUGAGCCAAUCGGCAACACAAGAAAGGACUCGCCUCUUGUUGAUAUCGUUUUGGCAUUGUGCAUGCAGUUCGGCGUCACAUCGCUGCCUCGUCAAAGUGGUUACAAGGCAGAGAUUAACUCUCGCGACGCGGCCGUUGCGGGCCGUUGGCUAUACCAGCGCUGCCAAAGGCUGAUAUCGUGUGACUUGGAGAGACCAACACUCGAGACCUUCCAGUGUCAACUGUGGUCGGCGGUUUAUCUAGCCAAUGCCUCUUAUCAGAAUAUGGCGCAGAAUGUGCUGGGUGUUGCAGCGCGCACAGCAUAUACAUUGGGACUGCACAUUGAACCAGGGAACGAUCUACCCGUACAAGAAGGAGAAGCACGAAAGAGGGCAUGGUGCAUCAUGUUCAUGUUCGAAACUAGAUCAUGCAUUCGUUUGGGGCGGCCUUGGGUCACCCAAACACAGCCGAUUUCACCAUUAUUGCCUACCAGCGACCAAGGCCAUGUUACAGCUGGCGUUAAUCAGCUGAGAUACACCACUGAGAGAACUAAACUCACCGAGAUAGCCCGAUCAGCCUUUGACAGUGCCUUUAAUCACCGACCGAGCGGCGAAGCUUGCACAACGACUCCCGACAGUCUACCAAAAGCAUCUGCUUCCAGUAUGGAUAGAAUCCGGGCUUGGGCUGAAUCUCUACCUUAUAUGCUGAAGACGGAGAGACGGAGUGGUGGAAAGCCUCUCUCAACUGAUCUCUCAGAAAUUGAGAUUGAAUAUUUUGCGCCAGUCUCGUUGCGAAGACAGCGCUUGAUGUUGGAGCUGUUCUAUCACGAACUGAUACUGACACUUGGACGUCACUGCAUCAGCCAGUCUUUGACUCGUUCUGGGGGCACAGGGACCCCCUCAUCUCAUGAAGUAGCAGACACAUCCGCUUUACACGCAGCAGCAACAACGAAACUUCUACAUCAGGUCUAUCAAGAAUACGACAUCUUGAAUGGAUGGUACGAGCCGUUCAACUGUCAAUGGAACGCUGCUAUAACACUCGUUGGAUAUCUCUUGGCAUGUCCCCAAGAUAGCUCAGCUAGUUCAAUCGCACGCACGGCUCUGUCGGAAAGUGUUACGGUGCUGGAAAAGAUGGGGGAGUUCUUUGGAACAGCUUCAAGCGCGGCUGGCGUGAUACGGACACUCCACCAGAGGCUGAACAUGCCGGUCGAAGCUCAUAUGGCGACAGACAGCAACACCGUCACACCUAACACAGUCCAAGACAUCGACUUCAAUGACCUUGGGGCUUUGGACCUGUCGAUUGAGGGUAUACUGGGAACCUUUGGGACCGAAUCUGAGUUUGAGAGACUUGGGUUUGGCAUUGACAUGCAGGACUUUCUAGCUAAUGAUGCUGAGAAUAUGGGUGCAAUGUAA